AUGUCUAAGUACGCAUGGUACACUAGAGUUACAGAUGCUGUGCAUCGUUUGACUGUUCUAACGUUAGUUGGAGGUACGUUAUAUAUGACAGGUGGUUUGGUUUACACUUUGUAUGUUAAUGGGAAAAGAUAUGAAGAAAAGGUUCUUAAAGAGAAUCCGGAGCAAGCUAGCUCCACUGAAUAA